AUGAAUGCGACGCACCGUGACAACAGCAUAAGGGAGUUCUGUACAGGUGUCAGUCGGAUUUUAUUACGAACAGAUAGGCCUGAAGACGAUACUGACAUUCCACAAGUUAGUCCUAUUAUUAACUAUGAUCUUUCGAGUAAUUGUGAUAAAUAUGUUCAUCGUGUUGGACGCAGGGGUCGAUUCGGUCGAAACGGCUUGGCAAUCAAUUUCAUUACCAUUGAUGAACGAUCACUUUUACAUCGAAUUAAACAACAUUAUAAUAUAAAAAUCGAAGAGCUCCUAGCCGAUGUAGUUAGUUUGAUUUAA